GCGACAUCAAAGGCGCAGUGUCUGUCCCUCUCUCUCUCUGCGCUGCGGACCCCACAGGUGAGAAGCCGUUCAGUGACCCGUGAGCAGCGAUCCUCGAGCCAGCAAUGACGAGUACAGCGUGCAUUGUCCCUUCCCCCCUGGAGAUGGCCAUGGAGCAUCUGAUCGACGUCUUUGGCCAGUACUCCCAGAAGGACCAAAUGAAACAGACUCUGAACAAGCAGCAGCUCAGGAAGCUGAUGGACGAGCAACUGACCACACUCAUGCAGCACCACAACAACCAAAAGGCCAUCGACAAUGUGUUUAAAGACUUGGAUUUCGACGGGGACGGGCUGGUGGCCUUCGAAGAGUUCCUGUCCUUGGUCGCUGGUCUCACCAAAUCCUGCAAUGAUCGCCUACUUAUUAAAGAGCACAAACGCUUGACUAGCCAGACCAAACAAUGAGCAGAACAAGUCCAGGGAGAGAGAAAAAGUUGGAGGGGGUGGGAGGGAUCGACGCCAAGUAUUGGCAUCCUAACUGCACCAAGCAGCUCCGUGUUAAAAUACUUUUGUUUUGUAAUGAAUAAAAUGGCCCCCAAGGAGCAA